CCGGGCGGUGUGAGGAGAGAGUACCCUGGUCGGUGGUGACAAUCGGACAACCCGCCUGGACUUCCAUUCCUUACGACUCCUACACCAUCGACAGGUCGCCAAGAUGCCUGCUUUGCUGUGUUUGGAAAAUCCUUUGCUUGAUGUUCAGGCAUUUGGCAAUCAGGAACUCCUCCAAAAAUAUGGACUCAAAGCCAAUGAUGCCAUUCUCGCCGAGACUUCACACCAAGGUCUCUUUGAAGACCUGAUCAAUAACUUUGCAGCGGGUACCACCGCUGGUGGUGGAGCGCAGAACACCGCCAGAGGCGCCCAGUACAUCCUUCCAAGUGACAGCGUUGUCUACCUUGGUUGCGUGGGAGAUGAUACCUACGCCGACACUCUUCGAGAAUCGUGCCAAAAGGCCGGCGUUCGUGCGGAAUACCUUGUCGAUCAAGCUCACCCCACUGGUCGCUGCGGUAUUGUCAUCACAGACAAGAACCGAAGCCUCUGCACUGAGCUCGGCGCCGCCAAUCAUUACAAGUUGGAGCAUCUCAAGCGGCCCGAGAUCUGGAGCUUGGUGGAGUCAUCUGAAAUCUACUUUGUUGGUGGCUACCACUUAACCGUCUGCCCGGAGGCCGCUUUGGCUUUGGCAGAAGAGGCUGCGGCCAAGAAUAAGAUCUAUGUGAUGUCACUAUCUGCCCCUUUUAUUCCAAUUGCGUUUAAAGAUGCUCUAGAUAAGACCGAGCCUUAUUGGGACUAUCUCGUCGGCAAUGAGAGUGAAGCCCUGACAUGGGCGCAGUCGCAUGGCUCAGAGACUGAUGAUAUUCCUACGAUUGCAGGUCAUCUCGCCAAUCUGCCAAAGGCGAAUGCAAGCAGACCUCGGGUAGUCUUGAUAACGCAAGGAUCUUCUCCAACGGUCGUUGCAGUUUCAGGAACUCCGGGGCAUGAGGAGAUUCCUGUUCGCAAGAUUUCUGCAGAGGAGAUCAUUGACACUACCGGAGCCGGUGAUGCUUUCGCCGGGGGACUCCUUGCCGGAAUUGUGCAGCAAAAAUCACUCAGAACCUCGGUUGAUAUGGGGCAUUGGCUCGCACGGCUGGGGAUUCUGGAAAUGGGGCCAAAUUACCCGCUGCCAAAGCAGUUAUUCACCCCCGUCUGAAGGAUCCUCUGUCUGGAGGAUCCUGACCGGGGAUCGAUUGGUGGCUAUCAACUACCCAUUUUAGCGUGGGUUCUGAAAUAAUCCCCGGAGGAGAAGUUGCGUUCUUUACGUUUUCAACAACCGUAUUCGGUUCUACCUUGAAUGGCCUUAUCAAAUAUCAUAAUACCGCCUAUGGACCUGUUAAUUUUUAGUCUUACUACAAGUCCUAUUCCUAGUUUCUCCGUAUAUUGAUGUAAUUCACGAAAACUGACCAUUAAAG